GACCCGGACCUGAAGAAGGAGAGCGACGAAGACAAGUUCCCGGUGUGCAUCCGGGAGGCGGUGAGCCAAGUGCUCAAGGGCUACGACUGGACCCUAGUGCCGAUGCCGGUCCGGGUGAACGGAUCCAGCAAGAACAAACCGCACGUCAAACGGCCCAUGAACGCGUUCAUGGUGUGGGCGCAGGCGGCCCGCAGGAAGCUGGCGGACCAGUACCCGCACCUGCACAACGCCGAGCUCAGCAAGACCCUGGGCAAGCUCUGGAGGCUGCUGAAUGAGAGCGAGAAGCGUCCCUUCGUGGAGGAGGCUGAGCGGCUGCGGGUGCAGCACAAGAAGGACCAUCCCGACUACAAGUACCAGCCGCGGCGGCGGAAGUCGGUGAAGAACGGGCAGUCAGAGCAGGAGGAGGGCACGGAGCAAACCCAUAUCUCCCCCAACGCCAUCUUCAAGGCGCUGCAGGCAGACUCCCCACAGUCAUCCUCCAGCAUCAGCGAGGUGCAUUCACCCGGGGAGCACUCAGAGGCCGCCCGGCAGCCGCCCCACAUUGACUUCCGAGACGUGGACAUCGGCGAGCUCAGCAGCGAUGUCAUCUCCAACAUCGAGACCUUUGACGUCAACGAGUUUGAUCAGUACCUCCCCCCCAACGGCCACCCGGGGGUCCCGGCCACACACGGGCAGCCCGGCCAGGUCACCUACACCGGCAGCUACGGCAUCAGCAGCACG